GUUCAUUCAUGUCCGUGCUAUUAUCUAUGGUUCAUAUCCAUCACUGAAAAAUUAAAAAAAUUGUGUCACAAUAAUUGUCCACAACCUAAUACUGAUUUAGAAGAAUCCUAUCAUUUUUUAAUUAUCUUUAUACAUUCUACAAAAUGUCGGAGGUCAAAGCAGUUGCGGCGGGUAUAGUGAACUUUUUGAAACAACAACUCGAUGGGGACACCCUCAGUGUAGAAUCCCGGGAAAGUAUAGAAGUUGCGGCGCAGUGCAUCGAGACCGCUUACGAACUUACACCUGAGCAGCUCUCUAAGGGAAUUGACCUUUUGCAAUUAAUGCGGCAACAGACGAGUAACCCUGUAGCUGAUCUAGCGGAGGCCGAGAAACUAAAAAACGAGGGAAAUGAAUUGAUGAAGACUGAAAACUUUCGCGAAGCUAUGGAAAAGUACAGUAAGGCCAUAGAAAUAGAUCCACGUAAUUCUGUUUACUUCUGUAAUAGAGCCGCCGCUCAUUUCAAAUUGGGUGAACAUGAGGGUGCUGUAGCAGAUUGUAUGGCGGCCCUAGCACUGCAACCGAACUACGGCAAAGCACACGGUCGCCUGGGACUAGCUUUAACUGCCUUAGAUAGACAUGUAGAAGCACGCAUAGCCUUUGCUCGAGCUGUACAAUUAGAGCCAGACAAUGAAUCUUAUAAAGACAACCUGCGCAUUGCCGAAGAGAAAAUCGCGCAGCGCGGCGGCCGUCCUUCUAUGGACCUUGGCGGCUUGCUGCAAAAUCCAGCAUUGUUGAAUAUGGCAACAGAAAUGCUUUCAGAUCCUAACAUGCAGAACAUGUUAUCAGGAUUGAUGAAUGCCAACACAGGUGCUCCAGCUGCCGGUGGUAUGGGAACUAAUGUUAAUGCGCUACUAGAAGCUGGUCAAGCUUUGGCUCAACAGAUGCAAGCAGUAAAUCCUGAGUUGGUGGAGCAACUAAGGAGACAGAUCCGUCCUCCUCAAGGCACAGGUGGAGGAAAUCCACCCCCUACCUCACAAUAGUGUUUUUAAUUCAUACUGGCACAGUCAACUACAGUUGAGAGGGUUUAACAGAGAUAUGCUGUUGUCCUUUAUUUUAAUUUGAUAGUUGAAUUAUAUUUUUAUGGAAAUGUAAAAUAUAAGGAUUAUUCAUGAGAACACAUUUUAAAAAUUUCUAUAUAUUACCAUUAUAUAAUUUACAAAUUCACCUCAUCAAGACGUCUACUGAUAUGUGUUACAAGUUACGGAGUCUUCUAUUUUGAUAUUUAUGUUAAAAGUUUAAACUUUACUUUUAUCUGAAGGAUUGUUUAUUUAUUUUGACCUGAUUAUGACUUGUUUUUAGCUAAACUCUAAAAUGCCUGUGCUGAUUUUAAUUGUAAGCUGUUGGACAAGACAAGGUCUGUUCACUUUAAAAUAUUUCUAAUAUAAGUAAUGACUAUAAAUUGUAUUUAAAUAUGAUGUGGUGUUAAAUAAAAAUUUAUGUACUAUGGAAA